UUACUAAACAAGAUGAUUUUUUCUCAGAAUCUUGUGGUUUCGCAAGACUUCCCUAGAAGAUUUGAGAUAUUGGUUUCUGAGAAAUCUUACUUUGUCGAAACACUGUAUUUCUGUGAAAGAAGCUGAAGCAGGGUUAUACACUGUAUUAGACUUGGAAAGGCUGAUGCAUUACCUGCACCAUGUCCUCGAAGAAGAAAAAAUGGGCGAAAAACUUCGACAAACGUGAACGACAACGAGAAGAAUCCAAAGAAUCCGAUGCAACGUCAAAAAGAAGUGACGCGGAACAAGCCAAAUCUUCAUCAGGGACAGGUCCUCAGGUGUCUCAACCGAGCAGAGGUGCCUGUGGAACAUCUGCUGAUGAAAUACCAGAUGAUAAAACUACCCAAGACAAACAAGACCACAGAGGCCGAAUUAAAAAAAAGCAUUCGGAUGGUAGAAAGAAUAAACGUCAGAAACGACGCCAAGGUAGAGUAGAUACUGAAACUACGAUUGAAUCAAGUCAGACGGGUGCAGAGAAGAGAACAACACCCCAAGGAGCAAGGUCAGCCCCUCAAGGGGCAAGUGGAAGCUCAGUAGACAACUCACCAAUCGAGCGCAACACUCGAGAUGACAACGUUGAUAAACAAAGGAAACAAGUGUACGGAGAAUCAUCACGGGAACACGGAAAAGGUCCCACGAUUGCACCAUCAUUUGACGAGGGAAAACGUUCAGGUCAAACACAAGCGCAACAAGCAAGAACACCUUUUCCAGGAAAUAAGACUGUCCUUUCCUCGUCAGAGCAGAAAGCACAGGCACCUUUGCGAGGCGUUUUAUCAGCGAAAAAUAUUUUUAACUUGAAAAUGUUAAAAGAGAUGGAAGGUACCGAUAUCGUACAAAAAUUAAAUGAGAGUAUGCCUCACUUUAAAUAUUUCCUACGGUCGGAGGAGGAGCAGCACAACAGAGAUGAAUUCAUCUUUGAUCUUACCUGCAUAUUAGCGAGAGUAUGCCUAAAGCCAAUUAACGAGAAAGUGAUCAACAUUUUCACGGCGCUUAAAGGUUCUGUUUUUUUGAGAUCAAAGAUUCCAUGCCUGCUGGAUCGUAUUCAAGACUCAGAAAUCUUAAAUGACCAAGGAUCCCGAAGAAGACUUAUUCAAUACCUGAUCGAAAUAUUCACACAGUUUUUGAUGCCUUUGCCCAGUUCUUAUGCUGACCUGCCCUAUGAACAAUUGAAACGAGCCUUAAAUGAAACAAGCAUUGACAAAAAAGAGGAACUUGAGAAGAAGCUUGAGGUCUUUAAAGAAUUCAGAGAUAACAUCAUUAUAGCUGAGAGACAAAAGCGAGGACAACGUUACACGAACGUGAUUGGACAAAAACCGCCUAAUGAUUUCAGGGACUUGCCGAUUUGUCCAACAAACAAAGAAAUGACUUCUCAAGAGCGACCUUUCCUGCGUAAGAACAUUUCAAAGGGAAGAUAUGACGAUGUUGAACACUACCUCGAUGUACAAUUUCGGUUGCUAAGAGAGGAUUUUCUCGAGCCGUUAAGGGAAGGAAUUUAUGAGAUUACCCACAACGUCCCUAGAGGACGACGCAAUCAGUCAAUGAAAUGCUACCAAGGAGUGCGCGUUGUUGGAAAGAAUUUCACUCUCUCUGGCGUUAUUUACAAAGUUCAACUUGAGAAUUCCAAGUUUGCCAAGGCAUUAUUGGCUCACUCAAAACGGCUCAUUUUUGGUUCAUUCGUUUGCCUCUCGAAAGACAACUUCCAAACCAUGCUCUUUGCCACGGUUGCCAAUCGAGAUCCAAAGGAUGUGGAUGAAGGUAAAUUUGACAUCCGAUUCGUUGAAGGUCAAAAUGUUUUUGGUAUCGAAAAGCUUCAAGAACAGUACCAGAUGGCUGAGUCUCCUGCGUAUUUUGAGGCGUAUUAUUAUGUGCUCAAGGGACUCCAGGAACUAAACGAAAAGAGCAUGCCUUUUCCCAAAUACUUGGUUGAAUGCAGUGCCGAGGUGGACCCCCCAGAGUAUCUCAGACGCGAUAGCAACCAAGAUCCUGUAUGUUACGAUCUCAGCAAGACCCUUGCUGUAAGUGAUCCAGAAAUACUACAGAGGAUACCUGUUCUCGAACCCGAUGCUUGGCCAUCUGUUGAGGCAUUUUGUCUGAACAUUUUUCAGCUUGAGGCGUUAAAGACGGGAAUUACGACCGAAUUCUCCGUCAUUCAAGGGCCCCCUGGAACAGGGAAGACCUAUGUUGGAGCUAAGAUGGCGCAAAGUCUUCUUGAGAACCGAAACCAAUGGGACCCUGAGAAAGCAUUCCCGAUGUUAAUGGUAUGCUUUACCAAUCACGCUCUUGAUCAGUUUCUCGAAAAAGUGCUAGAAUUCAACCGGGAGAGAGGCGCGAUAAUUCGGGUCGGGGGAAGAUCCAAAAGCCAAAUUCUUGAAGGUUGCAAUUUGAAACAAUUUGUAAAAGAUAACAGAAGAAGUGACAGACGAGGCUUAAUUCAUAGGAAAAUAAAUGUUAAUUUAAAAGAUAUGGAAAAUGUCAAGGAAACGAUUACCAAAGCUGACAAAGAACUUUUGGAGUUCAGAGUUCUGGAGGACAGCAUGAACGCGCUUCAUGUAGACCAGCUUUAUGGCUCUCUAUUUCCACCAGACGCUAUAACCAAGUGUCAAAAUAUUUGUAAUACUUUCAAAUUAUGGCUGUGCAAUGAUUCCCGGUUAAAUGAUGUGAAUCAGCCUUCUAAUGGGUCAACAAAGAUUAAUCAUGCUGAUAGAGUGGAUGGAUCAAUUCUUCAAGAGAAGGAUAAAAGUGAAGGUGAAGACGUUCCUGACCAUUUUCGAGCGCCAUUUGACAUGCGUGUUACAGAUAAACCACCAAAACAGAAGGCAGGAUGUUCUCGUGAAGUUAAAAGGGAAGAAACAUCUAACAGCACUGAAGACACAACUGCUAGAGAAGAUGAAGCAACGCGAAUACAAAAUCAGAGACGCAUCGUGGGCGAAGAGGAAUUUGUGUCAGCGAUUCGACUACCCAACAGAGGAAACUGUGAAGGCGAAGAUAGCAAAGAUGAGAACGAAAAUGACGAAGGAUGGAUAGAGGUAAAAUCAAGGCAGUCAUCCAAAUCAUGGAGGAAAGAAGGUACCACAUUAAAAGGGAAAUAUCACACUGCUGAAUCUAAAAGUAGCCGUAACAUGGAGACAACCAGUGAGAGAGGUAAGAUAAAAGGAAAAGGAGCAGCCAAGACUAAUUUUGUACCAGACACGAGCAAAAUACAAGAGGAACUGCAAAAUAAAAAAGAAAUGUCGGACGAAGAAGCAAUGAAAGUGGAAAAUAUUUGGUUCUUGCCAAAAAAAGACAGACUCCGAUUGUACCUUUACUGGGCCGAAUGUUACCAUGAUCGCCACAAAAUGGAAGUCCAAAGAUAUGAACGGAAGCACGAACAGCUUUGUGCUGAAUUAGAGGGAGUGAGAGCAGAGGAGGAGGAAGAGGUCAUGCGUAAAGCAACUGUGGUUGGAAUGACAACCAGCGGUGCUGCAAGGUACCACUCCAUGCUUCAAAAAAUAGGCCCCAAAAUUGUUAUCAUCGAGGAGGCGGCAGAAGUGAUGGAGGCGCACAUCAUCACCUCUCUAUCGCGCGACACAAAUCAUGUUAUUCUUAUCGGAGACCACAAGCAGCUUCGACCGAAAGCAACCGUCUACGAACUGGCCCAGAAAUACAACCUAGAAAUUUCCUUGUUUGAAAGAAUGGUGAUGAACAGCAUGGAUUGCAAACGGUUGUGUAUCCAGCACCGCAUGCGCCCAGAGAUCGCUGCACUGACCAAACGGUUCUACGAUCAUGAGAUACUAGAUCACGAAACAGUGUGCAAAUUCGAGAAUAUAGCUGGCGUAUCGCAGAAUAUGUUCUUUGUUGAUCACUGUGAACCCGAGAGCCUAAAUGGGAAUCUGCAGAGUUUCUCUAAUCCUCACGAAGCCACCUUCUUGAAAUCCCUGUGUAAUUAUGUUCUACAGCAAGGUUACAAACCACACCAAAUUACAAUUCUAACCAUGUACAUCGGCCAGCUAUUUCUUCUUCGAGAACAAAUGCCACGAAAUCAAUUUGAAGGCAUCAAAAUGUGUGCAGUAGACAGCUUUCAAGGAGAAGAAAAUGAUAUCAUUCUUCUGUCAUUGGUGAGAAGCAAUGAAGAGGGUCGCAUUGGUUUUCUUAGUGAGCCCAACAGAAUUUGUGUUGCAUUGUCGCGAGCCCGCAAGGGAUUCUACUGCAUAGGAAACCUUAACAUGCUUAGACGCCAGAGCCAGGUGUGGCAGGGGAUAUGCCAUGAUUUGGACACAACGAAUGCAAUUGGCGAUACCCUUGAACUUACUUGCCAGAGACACAAGCAUGCGACAUUUGUAAGAGACUCAGACGAUUUUCCAAUACAUGGAGGAUGCAGGAUGACGUGUGGGGAACGGCUUGUUUGUGGCCAUGCUUGUGACAGGCCUUGCCAUCCGUCAGACGAGUAUCAUGAUGGUCAAUGUCGAAAAGUGUGUUUCAAAAGUUGCCCCAACGAACACCAGUGUAAGUACGUUUGUCAUCAUCCAAGACGAUGUCCUGAUUGUUAUCACGGUAUGACCAAAAUAGUACCCCAGUGUGGGCACGAACAGUCCAUACCAUGUAGUGUGGAUCCAGUAGCGUUUUCUUGUCUGGUGAGAUGCGAGAAAGUGCUACAAUGUGGACACAACUGCAGACAAAAAUGUGGGGAGGUAUGCACCGCUAAGUGCAAAGUUAAGUGUAACAAAACUCUCCAAUGUGGGCACAAUAAAGAGCUGGCAUGUCACCGUGAUCCGACUACUGCUGAGUGUAAUAACGAAUGCGAGAAGAUUUUGGAAUGUGGCCACCCUUGCAAAAAAAGAUGUAAAGAUGAAUGCCAGUGCAACGCGGAAAUCAUGGUUCGACUCCCGUGUGAGCAUAUGAAACGAGUUUUGUGCCACAGGAAACAUGAUUCAUACCAGUGCACUGAGAGAUGCAGGAGAACAUUGGACUGUGGUCAUGAAUGUUCUGGCAUCUGUUAUGAAGACUGUAGAAAGGAUCUAUGCAACGUAAGUGUGAUAAAAAAACUACCUUGUGGCCACCAACAAAAUGAGCCUUGCCAUGUUGACCCCAAAAGUGCAAUUUGUUACGCUCGUUGUCAAAGAACAUUGGAUUGUGGUCACAAAUGCUCGUCAAUAUGUGGCCUUAAAUGCAAAGAAGUCAAAUGUGAGGAGUUGUGCCAAACCAAGUGCGCAAGAGGUCACACAUGCCAGAAGCGGUGCCACUUUGGAAGUCCGUGUGAUGCCUGCAUGGUGGUGGUCAAUAUGUCAGUUCCCACGUGUGGACACACAGUCGAGAUGCCCUGUUACCUAGAUCCGAAGUCAAUCAGCUGUAGUAAACCAUGCCAAAGAUCAAGAAUGUGUGGACACUCUUGUUCAAGUAUUUGUAGCAAGAAAUGUGAAGCUCAGCCAUGUACAGAGCUUACGAGCAGAACGUUACCUUGCGGUCACGUGGUUGUUUUACCUUGUCACAAAAAUCCCUUGAAGCAUAAAUGUACGGAAAGAAUUGACGUUGACUUGCCUUGUGGUCACAAAAUGAACUGCGAGUGCCGUGUUGCGCAUGGAGUAGGAAAAAAACCAUUGUGCAACGAGAAAAUAGAGAAAGAACUGCCCUGUAAACACAAACUCACUCUUCCUUGUCACAAACAACCUGAUGGUUGCAAGUGCAAGAAGAAAGUAGAUGUUGAACUAUCGUGUGGACAUACAAAGUCUUUUGUUUGCUUCUCUUUGAAGAAAGAUUUGCAAAAUGUGUCUUGCGGGGUUAAAACAACACAGAAACUACCAUGUGGACACAAAACAAUUCUCCCAUGUUAUAUUAAUCCAGAGGAGUACUCCUGUCAAGAAAAAGUUCAGCUUACCCUUUCCUGUGGACAUAAGCAGCUAACGACGUGCUCGACAAAGGAUGAAUGUAACGAAAUGGUUACUAUAAAAUUGCCUUGUGAUCAUGAAAAGCAGAUGAGGUGCUCUGAACGACAAAACGGAAACCUCUGUGAUGCUCUAAGUGAUCACUCUCUUCUCUGUGAGGAGGAGGUUCAACUUACCCUUUCCUGUGGACACAAGAUACUCAUAACAUGCUCUGAUAUGAGAAAUGGAUUAAAAAAGGAUGAAUGUAACGAAAAGAUUUCUAUAAAAUUGCCUUGUGGCCAUGAAAAAAAGGUGAAGUGUUCUGAAAGAAAAGAAGCAAACAUUUUCUGUAAUGCUCCUUGUGAACGCUUUCUUCCGUGUGAACACCGCUGUCAGAAGAAAUGUGGUGAUGAUUGUGCUUCUUCCAAAUGUGCUGAGGAAGUUCAGAAGGAUCUGUCCUGUGGAUUCCAUAAAGUAAGUUGCCUCUGCUCUGAGAAUGUGUCCCAAGUCGUUUGUACAAACAGGUGCCAGCGGAAGUUACCCUGUGGUCACGUAUGUCCUGGAAAAUGUUCAGAGAAAUGUAGUCAAUACAAAUGCCGCAAGAAAGUGUCUAAACAGCUCAACUGCGCAGGAGGUCACUCUCUCCAAAUGAAGUGCAGUGAUGAUCCAAACGAUGUCAAAUGCGAGGAGAAAUGCAAUAGAAAACUUGGUUGUGGUCAUCUAUGUCCGGGCCUUUGUAGCCAGGAGUGUAAAAAUAUGAGAUGUGUGCAGAGAAUAGAAGAUAAACUUCCCUGUGGUCACAAAUUGGAAAAUUUUCGAUGUUUUCAGCGAAAAACCGCCUCUUGCACUGCUCCUUGUCAGCGACAGAAGACUUCAUGCAAACAUCCCUGUAAAGGAGUUUGUGGAAAAGAUUGCUCUAAUUAUCCUUGUAAUGAGGUUGUGAAGAAAAUCCUGUCGUGUGGUCAUAACAUCGAGAUGCUUUGCAGGCACUCUAUCGAUGAAGUGCAAUGCCCAGCUGAAUGUAAAGCACCGUUGCCAUGUGAUCACUUUUGUUCUGGAACAUGUCACGAUUGUCAGGAGAGAGGUUCACAUGAAUUUUGCGAACAUCAAUGCGGGCGAUUACUGAUUUGUUUACACCGUUGCAAAGCCGUGUGUGGCGAACCUUGCCCUCCCUGUGACAAGAAUUGUGCAAGAAGUUGUCCUCAUGGAAAAUGUAAAAAUCGUUGCUCACAGCUUUGUGAUUCCUGCACUGAACCGUGCACAUGGAAUUGUCCACAUUAUCAGUGCAAGAAUCUUUGCGGAGAGGAAUGCGACCGCCCUCCAUGUAAUGCUCCUUGUCCCAAGAAGCUCCCCUGUCAGCACCCAUGUAUUGGGUUGUGUGGAGAAAACUGUCCAACGCUGUGUGCCAUAUGUAAUGCCAAAAAGCUCUCCUCCACAUUGGCUGCUGGAGGUCCUGCCAAAACAGAAGGCACGAGGUGUCUUCAACUUUUUGACUGUGGUCACAUCAUAAGUGUUGAAGAGAUGGAUAGGUGGAUGAUGCGUACAUUGGUUGACGAUGUACAACUUCUACAGUGCCCCAGGUGCUCAAGGUCGAUAACAUUCAGUUAUCGUUACGGCAAGAUUAUCAGAAGGACACUGAAAAACCUUGAAAACGUCAAGACACAAAUACAACAACUUGAAGCAGAGCUUAACAAGGCCGUUAUUUACCUAUCAAAGGACAUCGGUGCAACUCAGAAGUAUGAUGUGAAGCACAGAAAGAAGUUUGGACAGACAGAUCUUGCCUUUGCACGAUCUAUCCCAUGGAAGUGGAAUCCUUUCAAUCUGCCGCAUAGAAAUCGGACUAUUGUUUUCAAAUUUACGUUUAAAAAUCAUUUAACGAUCCUUCAACAGGUGAAGAAGACAGAAAACGUCCUGGAAAACAUCAAUGCAUGCCGAGAGGUAAGCGAACCAUCGAAUGCAAUCAAGGAUGCCUUGAAAAAUAUUAAAGAAGAUCUCAAAAACCCAGAGCUUGAUCUGCAAAUGUUAAGUCAGAUUCACGAGCAGACGAAAAAGUUCUUCUUAUACUCUCAAGCUUUACACGUCCAGGUCAUUACUUUGAUGCAUCGGAUUUCCUUAUCAAGCAAUGGUGUAGCUCGACUGAGGCUGGCACACGUUCGGUUUACGAAAUUUCUCCAAGGACACGAUGACACUCUAGAUAUUGAAUGGCUGGAAACAAUCGUCAAUUUGCUAAGAACAGAAGUGAAACUUGCUCCACUGCCGAAAGAAGCCCAAGACUUCGCAAAUUUUCCUGGUUACCAAAGAGGUGUGUGGAAAUUAUGUGAGAAAGGCCACUCAUUCUACAUCGGAAAAAGCAUCCCGGUUGAUAGCGAGGGCUGCAAGUUGUGUGCGCUUGAGGAAAACGACUAAGCACUCCGAGUACGCUUAUUUUCCAACUGGUUGGUACAGGUGUACGAUUUUAGCAGAAGCCAUUUCUGAAGGUCAUGGAAGUGGUCGGCGACUAUUUUGGACACCAUAAUCUACCGGAAAGUGCCAAAUGCAAUAUGCAAAACAUACGGCAAAAUACAAAAGUAAACUACUAUGGACUCUGCGAGAAUACAUAUGGAAAACCUAUUAAGUGAAGCAAGUUGAAUGAUGAACACUUUUCCCUUUUAAAGAAAAGAGUGAAAAGAACAUUGGCGCGGAUAGACCACGUCAGAAAGAAACAUUAGAACCAACUUUAGAAAACGACCUUAAGCCACACGGAAUGAAAUAAGGAUUGGUAAGAAGGUUUAUCCUCACAUUUUAGCAAAACAAAUGUAUCGUGAUCAUUUUUUUUUAAACGGGAUUGAAUGGUCGAUGAACAAGAUUUGAAUAUCCUUUUAUUCGCCGUGAUACUCAUUUUCACUGAAAUACAUUUAGACGUAUUUGAUACAAAACAGUGUUUUGAACUGAUUUCAAAACCAAUCAAAGAUGGUACACAAAACUAAUCGUACAUGUUAUAUCGAAUUUUUCUUGGGAUAACUCGACUGAAUUACAUUUUUUAAACAUGAAAAAUGAACGGCCAAACAGCCUGCUGCAGAAGAUCGACAAGAUUGUACAUAGUUUCUUUCAGAGAAAGUUACUUAUUUGAGGCGUUUUCUUGAUUAUGCAGUUUCAUACAUGAAGCGAUAAACAGUUCUCCGAAAGGGAUUCAUGUGAUGUUCAUCUUUUUGAGCUGAGUUUUCUAUUAGGCAAUCACUUUUUUCUUGCACCAAAAAGGGUUCCUUUAUGUAAGAGAGUUGUACACUAUUUAUAUCAACACGACUUAUGUUUCAUAAGUGUUUUCAAGUGGCAGUCAACCGCAAAAAAGGAACAAAAGAAACUUCACAUCUAAGUUACCAAAUGUCAUGAGAGAUUUGGCAUUACUAACUAAUCGCAGUAAAAAUUUUGCGAUUUUGACGAUCGACAGUUAAUGUUUUGGUCAUUUGACAUAUGGCCAUCAACCUAAUCGAAACCGUCCAAGAUGCUCUAGAGUUUAUAUAACAGAAAGUAGGUUCGACCAGCCGAGCUUUUCUCCGUUAAUAGGUUAACUAAUCUAUGAAUGCUUACACAUGGAAGUUCCCAUGCAUCAUGAAUGUUUAUUACAUCAUGAUGUUGGAUGGCAACACGGUACGAACAUAUAAUUAAUUCAAUUUAACCUUGAAUUUGACACCUUCGACAAGUAAGGAGUUACAUUUCACUAAUUCGGUUCAUUUUGCAAAUGGCAAAGUGAGGAGAAGAUGACAACAGCCAAGGAUUUCACAAAUUACGGAGACCACUGUAGGUUUUAAUAUCUUCUCAUAGUUGAAGACAGCCGUGUUUACAUGUGAGCAUGCACAAAAUAAGCAGUCUCUCUCUUUUCGGUUAAUAAAAAAUCGAUUUCUUUCAAAUUUUGCACAUGAAUCUGUUUUAGUCUAAAAGUAAUCGAAACCACCUUGGCUUUUCGAAAUAUUGUCAAGUAAUGUUUUUCCUGAGCGAAAAUCGCCUCAGCGCUUAAAGCCCCGUUUUUAACAGCGCCGAUUUUAUAUUAAGAUGGAUCCUUUGUGAGAACAAAUCACAUAAGUUUUGCUUUUUCAACGGUUUUUUUAACACUGAAAUAAUUUUUUAGUUUGGCAUCUACCUUACUUUUGCCGCCAUGACCGAAAGUAUAUGCAACUUUUAAUCUCAACUCGGCGCAAAAUUCCGACUAAUACACCAUGAUAGUUUUAUUGAGAUUAACUAAAAUAGGGUAGAGGAAUAUGGAAAUAUAAAAAUAUGUGGUGGUUUCGGCGAACUUCUAGUACGACAGUUAACGCAGUGUGCACAUUUUCGAAAAUUCUAUCUAACAAUGCACAAAAAGCGGAAUCAAAUAAUUACGAAAUAUACGUCUACAACCUAUUUUUGACGCCUGAACUGAACACUUUGAAGCUUUCUCGUGUUAGAUGAUAUCCACACUCAUUUACUUAUACUACAGCCGAAAGCUGACUCUUCGCUCUAGGCGACCUAUCGUUUAGUUUAUCACUCAGUGAUUGAAGCUAGGAUAGUUAUAAAAUAGCCAUGUUAAUUCAAAAUAUUUCUAUUUCUAAGUACUAUCAAUUUAGAAAGUGUGCACUUGAAAACAGAUUUCGCACAUAUUAGUUUUAGCGUGCAAUUCUAUAGGAAAAUUAGUUUCUUGACGAGGGAAUUCUACAUUAAAUUGCACGCGAAA